AUGUUCUAUUCCCCUGCACAGUCGCAAGUGUACCCCUCCCAGGACGACGACGAUGCGCUCUGGGAGAGUCCUGCACCUGACAACACAUCAAGACCAUCGUCUCCUUCCCCAGCGCCCAACAAAGACAAAUCAACAGCAUCCAAAAAAGACGCCCCUCCAAAACGUAUCCGCAUCUCCAUAGCCUGUGUCAGUUGUCGACACAAGAAAAUCAAGUGUGAUGGUCAAGUCCCUUGCUCCCACUGUGUAAAGUCCGCGGGCAAAUGUGUCUAUCCCGUAGCCACCAAGCCUGUCAACCACCAAUACGUCGAGACACUUGAGAACCGUCUAAAGAGUGUCGAGUUGCAUCUGAAGGAGCUUUUGACCAAGGGUACAAGAGAGGCAUCCAGUGACAACAACCCUGAACAUCAACAACAACAGAUUUACAUCACGACCGAUUCUCAAACUUCCAGCACACAUGGCUCUCGUCCUGCAUCACACUAUAUCCCUCUUGCCGCCAAAUCUUCCCUUCCCAUCUCAAGACGCCCCACUGGUCGCUCCUCGUCCUCACUCCUCGAACUAACUCCAAGACUCACCGAUGAUGCCAACUCGUCAACACAGUCGGGUUCCCUCACCAAGAGUGGAGACCGCACAGACAGCGGCGGUGCCGACAUUAACGUGGCCGAAACCUGCUCUAUGGAGGUACUAGAGAUCUUGCUGGGUAGCCUCAAGGUCGAGCGGGACGGUACAGCAAAGUUCCUGCCAGGAUUGAUGCAGCAGCAGGAAGAGUCGUACGCCCAAGCACGGACAUACAGCAAGCCUGGACCACCAGGUCUGUCACCCAUGACGGACAUUCCCAUCCUCGACUGGGAGUCAACAGAGUUGCCAAAGCCAUACACUCUCCCCACCAGCCUUCUUUCGCCCAAAGCUAUCAACGCCCUGAUCGACCUCUACUUUAAGAGUGUACACACUUUUCUGCCAAUCCUCCACAAGCCUAGUUUCUUGACGUUGUGCCAGGAGGGAGAGUUUCGGGUUCCGCCGUUCUUGUUGAUGGCCAUGUGUGCAGUCGCGUCCUGUCAUGCCAACGAGGUCGAGCUGGAGGAGAUUGCCAAGGUUGACAGCUUCAAGAGCCACCAUGUCCUCUUUGAUUACGCGCGGUCCUUGAUGGAUACCUACUUGGAUGUACCUCGACUCAGUACACUCCAGGGUCUGCUUCUUCUCACCUACUACCAAGUCAAGGUCAAGCGGACCGGGCAAUAUUUCCGAGUUCGGUCGUACCUUGGUUUGGCAGUUCACAUGGCGCUGGAUAUGGGGCUUGCUCGGGACUUUUAUGUUCACGUCGAGGAAUCGGAAUCGUCGUCAGUCUUCGACAACGUUCUUGGACACUCCAACUCGGUCUCUACAACAAUAUCGUCCUCGACACUCGCCCAACGAUUGGGACCUAACAACGACGCACUAAAGUCCAAGGUAGACAAGGCCAGGUGGACGGUCACCCAGCAAGAGCGCCAUUUGACGUGGCUGGGGUGUUACUUCUUGGACGGGAUCAUCAGCAGUUUGGCGGGUCAGGAAUAUUGUGUAGCGCAUGGUCAGCUCGAGACAAGGAAGCUGAUCCGGGCUGCCAAUGGCACAGCAGACACGGCACAAGCCGCAACGCUGAUCUUUUGGUUCGUGCAUCUGGACCUGGUCAAGCAGAGGCGCCGGAUAUCGGAGAUGUAUCGCGCCCUGUCGCUGUCGCCUCAUCGGAGCCAUGAUGCGGCCAUCAUCUCCUCGAUCGCGGAAAGCACAGAGAUGCGGUCCAUUGAGCAUGCGCUUGAUACCUGGCUGACAACCCUCCCUGUCCACCUCAUCUAUCCGGAACGGAAACCGACCGCGUGCCAAAACGGAGUCUUUGUCGAAUCUAGUCUCCCAUCGUAUUACACUCUCUACCUGCACCGGUUCUACUACAGCCACGAGUUGCUCCUCUACCGACCCCUGAUCACCCUUGCCGCCCACCAGGGUGACCUCUCCGACUUCAAGUCUCCCCUCAGCAAAUGUGCUCGUGCGGCCGCAAUGUUGACAGAGAUUGGGGAGAUCAUUUUCCAGAACUACCGGUGGCCAUGGCCUGGCUGUGGUCUGUUUGGAUACCACAUGAUCCAGGCGAUCGAGAUCCAUAUCUUGUUGAUGGUCAACUAUGGCAAGACGGACACGCAGGAGUUGUUCUACAAGACCAUGGGCUUGCUCAAGGGAUUCGUCAGUCUCGCUAAGCUGCCCGAGCUGGAGAAGGCGGUCCUCUCGAUGGAGCAGAUGGUAACCGGGUACAUUAUGAACCCUGAGAGUGUGUCGUCUCUUCACUGGUCCAACAACAGCAACACCCCUGGAUCUGUCCUCCAACGCUACCACCAGUUCCAACAACACCAGAAAGUCGCUAAUCCUGGCAACGGCGACAACAACGGCGACAAUGUGAUGUCACUUUUGGAACAUAGCAGCCUGGAGCAGACCCCAGCGUCAUCGGACUACAGCUCCUUAGGUGCCAUGUCUAUGUCGCCUAUCACUCCAGCCAUCAGCCAUCUUAUGCAGCAACACCUCCACAUGGAUCCUCAACAACGGUCGCAACUGAAUAGCCCGCUCAUGAGCAGCAGAAGUGCAGCCACCAAUAUCUAUUCACCACUUGCAGCAGUAAACAUGGUCUACAGCUCUCUCACCGGCGCUGCCAAUUCACUGACCGGCGCUGUAGGAGUCGACCUUCUUCAAAACAAUCACCACAACGGACAUGGCUACAGAAUACACGGCGCAAACGCAACAGGAGGUCUCGACGGCGCCACGUACACUAACGACGCACGAUCCCAUGCAGCAUCAUCGCCCAUCUCGUCCUUCCUCUACAACAUGGACGCACCCACACCCAUGUCGCUAUACCACCAAUCUGCUCAGGAUAUGUUGCCUUACACCAACUACCUCGCCUCUGGAAACGGUGUUGAUGACCUUGUCGAUUUCGAAUCCAUGGUCUCCCCGCCUCCACCCUCUUCCACUCCUCUCCCCGGAAACCUUCUUCCGACUCCAGGGCUUAGAUCCUCCCUCCCGCCCCCUACAGGCGUCCCACCACCCCGAGAUCAGGACAACAGCAACAGCAACAACCAACGCACAGUCACCUUCCUGGCACCCCCAAAACCCCCCAAACGCAUCCACCACCAGUUCACAGGCAGUACAAAUUCCUCCAGCAAGAGCCAAUCCCAGAGACCUCCAGUCCCCAAGAAACCUAGCCGACUGAUGAGUACCAUCGGCGGCAACACCUCUUGGAUCUCGCCCUCGACACCGUACCCCAGCAAUAUGAACCCUUCUUACCUCGACAACCCCCAUCCUCCAUCACACUAUAGCAACAGCGGCAACGGCCACGGUCGAUAUAUGAGCGAUAAUCAUAACGGCGAUGAUGGCUCCGCAGUUACAGAUUCGACACCUUUGUUGGCUGGUCAACCAGCCCCUCCAGUUUCACGACGACCACUAAGGGUCUUGCAGGCCCAGACCCAACUCUAUGGCCUUGGAGUUCUCCAGAACCCCUAUAAUGGCUCGAACGAGAAGGCGGGUGAUGAGGUGGAUCCUACGGGCGACGGGUUCGAUGCCGACCAAUACGCCAUCAACAUCAUGUCAGAUCCUCAUAUCAGCAACAAAGUCUUGCACCACAGCCGCGCCAGCAGGAGCCAAGUUCUCUAA